AUGUCCUCGACCUAAUCCUAAUUUAAUUUUGUUCGCAAACCACUUCCCAAAGCACCAAUUACUAGACAAUUUAGUAGAGAAAAAAGUUAACCAAUUUUUAAUCCAAUUACUCCAUCUACUAAGUUUCGGAUCCAAAAUAAUAAUCAAUUUUUAGGUAGAGAUAAAAGUUAAAAAAACACGAACAAUUUCUUUAACAAUACUUCUGAAAGCACAAAAAUUACUAAGGUAUAGAAUUAAUCUUUGCUUAAAAAAUACGAUGCUGAUUAAAAACAACUAAUUUUUGAUCGAGAAGAUUUAGAGGAAGAACAGCAAUUUAAAUUACUCUGCUAAACUUUGGAUCAAAUGUUAUGA